AUGCCGUCCUGCCGUGCGGACUUCGAGUGGGGGCCGCGGCUCGGGACGGGCGCGUACGGCAGCGUCUUUCGCGUGCGUCGCUUUGCGGACGGGCUUCAGUACGUUGUCAAGGAGACGGUAGACCGUUUGGUAGACGAGUCUACCGCAGUCUACCGGUAG